AUGGCUGAAGGCUUCAUAUCCCAAGAGGAAAGACGAGAAGAAGAAACACUGAUGGAUGUGGCUGAACAUUUCUUGGGCGAACUAGCACAAAGGUGCAUGGUUCAAGUAGAAUUAAAGCCAGAGGAGUACUCAACAGAUAGAGGAAGCAGAAGCAAGGAGAAAAACUUCCUUCAAAUCAUUGAUUAUCGACAUACAAAUGAGCAAGUGCAUCUCUCCUCUUCAUCGAUGGAAACCUUGGUUGGUACCAGCAGUGGCAGUAAAAUACAUAGACUUGCCAUCUAUGAAGAUAAGGACAGUAGCUACCUUCACCUCCUCAAUCAAGAAGAAAGAGAUAGGCACCUUCUGUCAGUUUCAUUCUUCAACACUGGAAGAGUUGGUUACGGUGGAAGGUGGUGGAUCAGUGCCAAAAGAAAUAGGAAAACUAAUGCUUUUGAGGUACUUGGGGUUGGGAAUACUAAAUUCACAAAGUUGUCGUCAACAAUAGGCAACCUAAAGUACUUGGAAACCGUUGAUUUGCGGACAAAUUCUGAGAUCAGUGUGCCAAAUGUGUUGUGGAAGAUAGAAGGAUUGAUAUAUCUUUAUCUUCCUUUUGAUUAUUUUAUUGUUACGGAAGGCAAACUACAAGUAGAUGGCUCGAGAAAAUUGGAGAUUCUAAAAAACUUGGCUACAGAUAAGGUUGAUGCUAAAGGUCUCACCACAUUAACCAAUCUCCGGAGACUAGAUGUACGCAUACAGGAAAAUCUUGAGGACCUGGAAUUGGUCAAUAACUACCUUGUCAGCAACCACCGGCUACAAUACACAACCACUUUGGUUGUUAAUUGUGAUUUUUCUUUAGGAGAAGGAUUAAGCCUUCAGAUACAACUGCUCAAGUGUAAUUGCUUAGUUGAAUUGUACAUUAAUGGGAUUACAGGGAAGUUACCAGAAUACGACCACCAUUUCUGUCGAAGCCUCGCCCAUUUAACCCUGUUUGGCUCUCACCUUAAGGAUGACCUAAUGGUGACACUGGAGAAGCUUCCUAACUUAAAGGUCCUUUACUUAAUUAAUGCCUUUGUGGGAAAGGAAAUAGUUUGCUCAGCUCAUGGUUUUCCCCUUCUCACAGAUCUCUGUCAUUCAUAUUUACAAAUGGAGACCUGGAGGGUGGAUGGUGGAGCCAUGCCUGUUCUUUAUUCUCUAUUCAUUACAUCAUGUGAGAAUUUGAAGAUGCUUCUGGAUGGAUUGAGAUUCAUCUCUACCCUCCAUGAAUUGAAUAUUUGUGAUAUGUCCGCAGCAUUCAAUGAUAGGCUUAGCGAAGGAGGAGAGGAUUUCCACAAAUUUCGCCACAUCCCUCACAUUUGUUUCGAGUACAUAAGUCCUUUUGUAGAGGAGUUUCAAGAAGUUCCAACAAGUAUUUUAGAACCUGACAAGCUAUCAGCCCAUGGCUCACCUCAGAAGCUUAACAAGCAUAGCUAUGGCAGCACCAAUGCAAGUUCAGUUGAGCAUUUUCUAAAAAAAUCAACUGCAGUUAGUUAGUCACAGCAAUUAGUUAGGAUAAACUCAGUUGUAAUUAGUUUUAGUCAGUUAAGUUGUGCUGUAACAAUCAGUAACAAACUGUGUACACCUCUCUCUUAACAAUGAUUUGGAGAUCAAUACACUACAGGGAAAAAGGGUUAUAUCGGCAAUUUUUUUCAUGGCUAAAACUAACAGUCUGGCAUGUAUUUACAUUCUAUAUUUGUAAAUUCAUUUUCCUUUUCACCUGAUUUAGCUGAUUUC